AUGGGUACAGAAAAAGAAAUGAAUGUCUCAUCAGACAUUGAGCCAGCCAUGCCUGAUGUCAAGGCUGGCGAGACCACUAAGCGUGGCCUCAAGUCAAGACAUGCCCAAAUGCUUGCCCUUGGUGGAACAAUUGGAACCGCGUUGUUCGUCAGUACAGGCCAGACUCUAGCCAAAGGUGGUCCUGCUUUCCUUUUAGGGACAUUUGUCUUCAUGUCCUUUGUUGUGUAUACUGUUGUCACUGCUCUUACGGAAAUUGCUACUUGGAUGCCUGUCUCAGGCAGCUCCGUCAGUUAUUACGCCAAUCGUGUUGUGUCGCCUUCGUUUGGAUUCGCGACUGGAUGGCUGUACGUUUAUUGCCUCGGUAUCCUCGCCCCGUAUGAGGUCACGGCCGCUUCCUUGGUGAUCAGCUAUUGGCAUAGUCCAAUAAACAUUGGAGUCUGGAUUACCGUCAUGAUCGUUGUCGUUGUCGCACUGAAUUCUUUGCCGGUCCGCUUCUAUGGCGAGUCUGAGUUCUGGUUCGCGUCACUCAAAGUUAUCAUGAUGGCUGGACUUUUGAUUGUUUCAGUGGUCAUAUUCUUUGGUGGUGGUCCAGACCAUGAUAGACUCGGGUUCCGGUACUGGAAUCACCCGGGAGCUGCAAAUGAGUAUAUAUUAGAUGGCAACACCGGUCGAUUUAUCGCAUUACUGGCAACGCUCGUUCUAGCCGCACUACCCUUCACUUUCGCUCCCGAGUUCUUGAUUUUGACAACCGGUGAAAUGGCUUCCCCACGCCAAACCCUUCCCAAAGCCGCACGUCGCUACAUCUACCGUAUUGUAUUCUUUUACAUCUCUUCCGUCCUAGCAAUAGGCGUCAUCUGUCCCUCCAACGAUCCGGCUUUGACCAGCGGCGGCAAAGGAGCCGGUGCUUCGCCCUUUGUCGUGGCCAUCAAGAACGCCGGCAUUCCCGUCCUUGACAGUGUUAUCAACGCCGGUAUCCUGAUCUCAGCCUGGUCUUCCGGAAACUCCUUCUUCUACAUGGCGACACGCUCGUUGUAUUCUCAAGCCUUAGUCGGCAAUGCACCCUCAUGGUUCCUAGCAUGCACCAAAGGCGGCGUUCCAUAUCGCUGCGUCAUGGCCAUCGCACUCUUCUGCCCCCUCGCAUACCUUAACCUGGGGAGCAGCAGUGCAGUCGUGUUCAACUGGUUCAUCAACUUCACAAACGAGUCAGCGUUCAUCUCCUGGACUUGCUGCUGCAUUGUCCACCUACGUUUUCGCAAGGCUUGCAAGGCCCAGAACAUCACCAAUCUGCCAUACUCAUCCAAGCUUCAACCUUGGGCAUCGUACUUUGGCCUCGUCUUCUUCCCAUUCCUUGCACUUCUCAAUGGCUUUGAUAUAUUCUUCCCCAAGAACUGGAGCACGUCGUCGUUCUUCACGGCCUAUGUGGGAAUCCCGUUAUUUUUGGCGUUUUAUGUCGGACAUAGAAUCUACAAUUGGCGCGAUCCCUGGUUGUAUGACCCGGCUUCGGUGGAUCUUAGCGUGGAUGAGGUCGAGGGCAUUAUCGAAGAAGUGCCAGGGACAGUCGAUGGAAAUCGGAAAUGGUGGCAUUUUGUCACUUUGCUAUGGGAGUAA